GAUUCCUCUCUAGGAGUCUAUCAUGUGGUAUCAGAGCAACCACUCUGCAACCAGGUUUUGAAAUUCCAAUCGUCAUUUUUUAUGUUUUUUCAGAUCUGUCGCUUCAUCUUGCGAGAAUUUUAUUAAAUGUUUUACUCGUUCAAAAAUUAUAAACUCAACUGUUUGAGAACCAGGAACGAGUCUAGUAAUUUUGAAAAUUGAUUUGAGAAUUUUUGGAUUCGUUUUCAUAAUUUUCCCAGAUCUGUUUUCAUUUACGUGUUUUUAGAACUAUUUACUGGUGGAUCUUUGUUUUUCUUUUCAGGUACCAUGGUGACAUCAGAAGAGGAAGAGUCAUCUACAUCUAGUCUUGAAAGUCAGUCACCGCAGCUAUGACAACCAUGCUUGAUGCUAGACUUGGCACUCUACACUUGAAUCAACCAAACCCGGAAGCAAAUCAGCGUCAAAGGCAGAACCAGGAGGAACCAAGGCAAGACGACGAAACCAGGCGGUAUUAUAGCCAUGGUUCUUCACACAGCAGUCAGCGGAGGCGUCGACGUGAAAGUCCAGUACCAAGAGAUCCGUUGGGAGGUCUUAAGUGCAAAAUCCCAGCCUUUCACGGAACCAGCAACCCGGAUACCUACUUGGAGUGGGAACAGAAAAUUGAGUUAGUGUUUGUUUGUCAAGAGGUCACCGAGGUCAACAAAGUUAAACUUGCCGCAAACCGAGUUCUACGACUAUGCUCUAAGUUGGUGGGAUCAGCUUGUUACCAGCCGCAGACGUACCGGAGACAUGCCAAUCGAUACAUGGAACCAGCUGAAAACCGUCAUGCGAAGGAGAUUUGUGCCGAGUUAUUAUCACCGCGAUCUUCAUCAACGUUUGAGGAACUUAGUUCAAGGAAGCAAGACUGUCGAAGAGUACUUCAAGGAAAUGGAAACCCUAUUGCUAAGAGCUGAUGUUCAUGAAGAUGGAGAAACUAUGAUGUCGCGAUUCAUGGGAGGUCUCAACCGCGAAAUCCAAGACCGUCUAGAAACCCAGCACUAUGUGGAAAUUGAGGAGAUGCUUCACAAAGCAGUCAUGUUCGAACAGCAAAUCAAGAGGAAGAACUCUCGAUCCAGCUACAGCACCGCUAAGACCAGCUACAGCUCAGGUAAGUCAAGUUAUCAAAAGGAGGACAAGCCCGGCUACCGGAAGGACUACAAGCCAUUCGUCAAGCCAAAGCCAUUUGAGUCAGACCCGAAAGGUAAGGGUAAGGAAGUGAUCACGAGGACAAGGGAUAUUCGUUGCUUUAAGUGUCAAGGACUUGGGCAUUACGCAAGCGAAUGUGUCAACAAAAGGAUCAUGGUUCUUAAAGAUAAUGGCGAGGUAGAGUCUGAAGAAGAGCGUUCGGAAAACGACUCUGUGGAAGAGGGUUUGGAAGCCCCAGCUAAAGGAGAGCUGCUUGUUGCUAGGAGAUCGUUGAGUGUUCUAACCAAAUCAGAGGAGCAAGCGCAAAGGGAAAACUUGUUCCACACGCGAUGUAUUGUCAAAGACAAGGUAUGUAGCUUGAUUAUUGAUGGUGGAAGUUGUACUAACGUUGCAAGCAGGACUAUGGUGGAAAAGCUUGGCUUAGAAGUACUCAAACAUCCAAAACCAUAUGCGCUUCAAUGGCUCAACGAAAAAGGUGAGAUGUCCGUCAAGGAGCAAGUCAAGGUGCCACUUUCAAUUGGUAAGUAUCAGGACGAAAUCAUGUGUGACAUACUUCCGAUGGACGCUAGCCACAUUCUUCUUGGACGUCCAUGGCAAUCAGACCGACAAGUUCACCAUGAUGGCUUCUCCAACCGACACACCUUUGAACACAAUGGCCGCAAGACGACUCUCAUUCCCAUGACGCCGCAUGAGGUCUAUCUUGAUCAGCUUAGCAUGAAACAGCGAACCGCCAAACAAACUGAACCAACCGAUAACAAGGGUAAGAGCAAGGUAAGUCACAAUAGUUUGCUAUUUGUUUAUAAAGAAACUCUUGCUUGUUCUACUAACCCCGAACCGGUGCUACCGAGUAAAGUUGAGUUGGUUUUGCAAGAAUAUAGUGAUGUGUUUCCGGAGGAUAAUCCCAUUGGUCUGCCACCAAUCCGAGGGAUCGAACAUCAAAUCGACUUUGUGCCGGGAGCCGCUCUACCGAACCGACCAGCCUAUCGCACCAACCCAACCGAAACAAAGGAGCUUGAAAGACAAGUGAACGAGCUGAUGGACAAAGGACAUAUUCGAGAAAGCAUGAGUCCAUGUGCCGUUCCAGUGUUGCUAGUACCAAAGAAAGAUGGGAGUUGGCGUAUGUGUGUGGACUGUCGAGCCAUCAACAACAUAACGGUUAAGUAUCGCCAUCCUAUCCCUAGAUUAGAUGAUAUGCUUGAUGAAUUGCAUGGCUCUAGCAUCUUUUCUAAGAUUGAUCUUAAAAGUGGAUAUCAUCAAAUCCGUAUGAAAGAAGGUGAUGAGUGGAAAACGGCUUUUAAAACCAAACAAGGGUUAUAUGAAUGGUUAGUCAUGCCGUUUGGGUUAACUAAUGCGCCUAGCACUUUCAUGAGAUUGAUGAAUCAUGUCCUUAGGAAGCAUAUUGGUGUAUUUGUUGUGGUCUAUUUUGAUGACAUUUUGGUUUAUAGCAAGAACUUAGAAGAUCAUGUCAUGCAUCUUAGACUUGUUUUGGAUUUGCUUCGCAAGGAAAAACUUUAUGCGAACUAUAAGAAGUGCACCUUUUGCACAGAUAAUCUUGUUUUCCUAGGCUUUGUUGUGAGUGCAGAUGGAAUCAAGGUUGAUGAGGAGAAAGUCAAGGCAAUCAUAGAUUGGCCA